GGUUAAUGGACAACAGUAUGGCCUCAGAAUUUUGUCACCACAUGGGUGCUGCAGCUAAAGAAAACUGUAGAUUUUGCAGGUAUCGAAAUAACCACUUACUUAUUGGAGAAUUAAGAACAAAAAAUAAAACUGAGGAAAUUCUAAAAGAGAUUGAAAAUAGUACAGAAACAUCAACAAUGACUGGGAUAAAAAAGAAAAUAUUGGCUGAAGAAAUGAACAAAGCUGCUCAUUGGGAUCCACACAGGGACAUUCCUCCAGAUAUGCUUCAUUGCAUAUACUUAGGAGAAGUUGCAAUCCUAUUAAAAUGUAUGCUAGGCAACUGUACUGACCAGCAGAAGGAAAAUUUACAGCUAACGUUAAAUGCAGCUGACUGGAAGGGCUUUCAUCACAAAUGUGGAGAAAACUUUGUGAAAUAUCACAAAUCAAGCCAAGGGAAAGACUUCAGGUCAUUUGUACAACUUGCACCCUUUACAGUUCAUCAUGCAGGAUUUAGUAAAGAAAUAGUAAAACUUUGGUGUCUAUUGUCUGAGAUUGUUCAGUUGAGUAACAAAAUGAAAUUGCUGGAAUCGGAACUCACUAGGCUGGGUGAUCUGCAGUACCAAUUUAAUGAAAACAUUUACAAGCAGUUUCCAGAAACAUUGAAAAAACAGAAAAUACACCAUAAUCUCCAUACUGAGCAACAAAUCAGACUUCAUGGGGUCCCUAUAGGUUAUACUACUGAGACAGGGGAAAGCUGGUGUGGUAUAGUCAAACAUUUUCAGAGCAUUACAAACCACCACAAUGCCAACAAAGACACAGCUUUGAAGUUAGCUCAUGUUGAGGAAGUUUGCCAUAUCAUUGACAGUGGGACAUGGUUUUCAAAUGGGAAAAGAGUUCAACCUGCACAACAGACAAUUGAAGAGAUAAAUCAUCCACGGAUUCAAACUUUUGUAAUGGGAAAUAGGACACAGAAAGAAGAUGAACAAAUUAUAGGAGUGAAAAGAAAUGUAGGAGACGAAAUCAGAAACAUGAAAAGGAAGGAUGGAAGUAAAUUAAACAUUGGAGAAAUUGUUUAUUUUAAAUUAGAUGACCAUAUUAAUUAUGGUAAAAUUGACUGCAAAACCAGUUCAGAUGUUACUGUUUUGUUGAUGAUACCUCACCAGGAAGAUCCCUUAUUCCAUUGCAAGAGCCUUACACUCACCACAAGAAGAAAAAGCUUGCCUUACAAUAUCAUUGAGGGCUCUUUGUUUGUAUCUCAUGAUUGUAGAAAUGGUGGAUGCUGUUCCAUGGUUACAAACCAAUCUAUUAGACAAUUUCGUCAUAAUUAUAAACAUGGUGUCUAUCUUAUUAACAGAUUUAAAAUUCAUUUUAAUUAUAAACAAUUUAAUUCCUGAUUUAAGGGCAUACUAUAUAGUUAAGCUAUAUGUUCAGGUUAAACACAAUAAAGGGAACAGUCCAAGUUUGCACCUGGGGUAAGAAAUAGAGAUCAGCACAAUUGAAAAAGAAUUGUUAUCCUCAAUUAAUAAUAUUCGAUUUUUACAAAACUUAUUUGGUAAGUGAAAAAACUACUGGAAAUGUUUUACAUUUUAAUUUUACAUUCUAAUUUGUAUUUGGUUAGGCAAGUGCUCAGGUCACAGACACUACUGGUAAUAGUCACCUCUGGAAAUGUAUGUCUUUAAUAAAAUAUAACAAGUCUUUAAAGCACUAUUAUAAUUCCAAAAUCAACUAAGUAUUAUACCAAACAAAGAAAUCACAGGAAAAAUGUUAUAUCUUUUAUAUUUAGAAAAAAAUAAUACCACCAUUCUUAAUAAAUGAAAAACCGGAUUAUUGGCUACCUUUUUCCAUAAAUUUUCUGAAAACAUCAAUACUUUAGGUGAAUAAAAUUUAGUCAAAUAUAUUUUUCCGUCAGUCAUACUACUGGAAUUGUAAAUAAGUCAAAAAUAAAGGAAAAUUUACCAUAGAAUAUACUUGGGGUCAUCAAAAUAACUUUUAAAUGCAUUCUUCAAACAAACAAAAAACUCUAAUGUCAAAUACAGAUCUAUAACAAUUCUACAUGAUUGUGUUCAUAAUAUGAAUUUGAAAUAAUACCAAAAAAACUCAUCUUUUCAGUUUAUAACCA